AAAAACGAAAUUUUAACAAAAAGUUAGUCUCUCCUUGGUCGAAAUUUGAAAACCCUUUUCCUCAGUUGUAUCCCAGUGGAGAAGACGAUGACGCAGCAGUAUCUGCAACUCUUAUCUUCUCCUCCAAUGGCGGCAAACUCCAAAAUCUUCAUAAACCAUCGGUUUACAGACUCUCGUUUUCUUACCGCCGGUUCUUUCUCCGGGAAGCGGGAUGGUUUCGCCGUGAAACCGACGGCGAGAGUGAAGCUAUCGGUAAAGUCUCGCCAAGAGGAUUACUUCGAGAAGCAGAGGUUCGGAGACUCGUCUUCUUCGCCGCCUUACUCGCCGCAAAAUGCGGAAGGAUCUUCUCCAAGAUAUUAUGUGGGUCAUUCGAUUUACAAAGGGAAAGCUGCUCUUACAAUAGAGCCUCGAGCACCAGAGUUUGUGGCUUUAGAAUCUGGUGCGUUCAAGCUUUCAAAGGAAGGUUUCUUGCUGCUUCAGUUUGCUCCUGCAGCUGGUGUUCGGCAAUAUGAUUGGAGCAGAAAACAGGUCUUCUCGUUGUCGGUUCCAGAAAUCGGUAAUCUAGUGAGCCUUGGGCCGAGGGAAUCAUGUGAAUUCUUCCAUGAUCCUAAUAAGGGAAAGGGGAGUGAUGAAGGUAAAGUGAGGAAAGUCUUGAAAGUUGAACCCCUCCCAGAUGGUUCUGGCCGCUUCUUUAACCUGAGUGUCCAAAACAAGCUAUUGAAUGUAGAUGAGAGUGUAUACAUACCAAUCACUAAAGCAGAGUUUGCUGUCCUUAUCUCUGCUUUCAACUUCAUCUUGCCCCACCUUAUAGGGUGGCAAGCAUUUGCAAACUCCAUCAAACCAGAAGACUCUAACCGUCUUAGCAAUGCGUCACCUAAGUAUGGAGGAGACUACGAAUGGAGUAGAUGAUUGGCGGUUUUUGUGUUCAUCCCAUCUUUUUGUUAUUGCAAUCAAUGGAGUCACCACGAGCUGAUGGAGACAACAAAAGGAAAAAGAAAGUAGCAGUAUUGACUGAAGUAGUGUUUAGACCAAAUGGGAUGUGUUGUUGUGUAGGAAAAACUCAUUUUCUGUGUUAAGACAAUUUGUUUUGAUUCAAGAGCAACGGUUAGAAUUUUGGUAA